AUGGCAAACCAGGGCCGUGUUCCAACCCCUGCCAAAAAGCCACUGAAUUACACUCUACCUGUUACCGCACUGUCCAACAGUGCACUGGUGCCGAUGCAACCCCCGGGACAUUCUAAAUAUGCACAAGCCUCCUGUCAUGGCCAACUUGGCAAGGCGAUUUGCUGGCCACCGCAAGCCCCAAUCCACAUAUCUGAUGGCGGUGGACCAACAGACAAAGUAAGAGAAGCCCAAGUUCAAAAGAAAAUUGAAGAAAUUAUCAAAGAAAUAUACCCUCCCCUAGAGUAUCACCCUCUAGCCUUGCCCAAGUCUCGUGGCAUAGACCUUGACACCCAGACUGCUGAUAUCCUAAAAGCCACCCAUAGCGCACUAAACGCUACUAACCCCAGCCUUGCUGAAAAUUGCUGGCUAUGCAUGACCCUUGGUACGCCUAUGCCCCUCGCAAUUCCCACUGACGCUACUAAUACACUGCCAGAACAGAAUUGUACUCUUAACUCACCCUUUAGAGUACAGCCUAUAGGAUUUAACUCAUCUGUAUGCAUACAAAAGCUGCCCCAGAGUAAUAGUAAUGAUGUAAACGUAGGAUUUGCUUCUUUCACAGAUUGCUCCCAAGUUUUCAAUUAUUCCUCAUCUCUUUGCCCCGCUAUUGGACAAGUCUUUGUCUGUGGAGGAAACCUUGCCUUUACUGCCCUACCCACAAAUUGGACUGGGUUAUGUGUGCAGGCCAGUCUUCUCCCAGAUAUUAAUAUUAUCCCAGGAGAAGAACCUAUCCCCAUACCCAGCCUUGAGUAUAUAGCAGGGCAUCCACACUCUGAAAGAGCCAUCCAGCUUAUCCCACUCCUAGUAGGCCUCAGGAUUACUACCGCAGUAGCCACAGGAACAGCAGGAGCAGGAAUAGCCGUACAUUCCUACCAUAAGUUGUCCCAUCAACUAAUCAACGAUGUCCAAGCCCUCUCGGGAACAAUUAAUGAUCUCCAAGACCAAAUAGACUCUUUAGCAGAAGUAGUUUUGCAAAACCGUAGAGGCUUAGACCUCCUCACAGCAGAACAGGGAGGCAUCUGUUUAGCUUUACAGGAAAAGUGCUGUAUCUACGCCAACAAGUCAGGCAUCGUCCGAGACAAGAUAAAGACCCUUCAAGAUGAUCUUGAAAGAAGGCGGAAAGAACUCCGUGACAACCCUCUCUGGACGGGACUAAAUGGGCUCCUCCCCUACCUUCUCCCCAUCUUAGGCCCGUUCCUGGGAUUAAUACUAGUACUUUCCUUUGGCCCCUGGGCUUUUAAAAGACUCACCCAGUUAAUUAAAAAACAGAUCGACUCCCUCAUAGCAAAGCCCAUCCAAGUUCAUUAUCAUCGCCUUGCAUUAGCUGAUCAAAGUAUAGAUCCUUACAUAGAGCCUUGCGCCAAGAGAGACCCAACAGUGACUUGGAAAUAAAAAGACCCACGUCAAGGUUUUUUCAUCCUGUUCCUUGACAAUGUUCCUGGGCAACUAAGACGGGUAGUCAAUGACGGGUAAUUAAGAGGAUAUACCUGCAAG